CUAUCACUCCCAAUAACAACUAAUGCCUCGAUUGUUGGAAUUUGCAAUAGUGAAUUAGCCCUUCUUUCGUCCAUAAUCGUCCAUGGCGGAUCAGCUCCCGCAAGUUUUAGUUCUUCGUCCACCCCCAGUUUUCACUCUGUUCGAAACUCAAUUCUCCCAGAAAUUCCAUUUCCUCAGAGCCUGGGAAUCUCCACUGCCCACCGCUGAUUUUCUUGCUACUCAUGCGGCUUCCGUCAAGGCCGUUCUCUGCUCGGGCGGUACUCCCAUCACGGCCGACAUCCUCCGCCACCUACCUUCCCUCCAACUCAUCGUCACCACCAGCGCUGGUCUCAACCACAUCAACCUCCCUGAGUGCCGGCGCCGCAGUAUCUCCAUCGCCAACGCCGGAGAGAUCUUCUCCGAUGAUUGCGCCGACCUGGCGGUCGGACUUCUGAUGGACGUUCUCCGAAAAAUAUCAGCCGCUGAUCGGUUUAUUCGAGCCGGCUUCUGGCCGAUCAGAGGAGACUAUCCUCUUGGCUCCAAGUUGGGAGGCAAGCGAGUUGGGAUUGUUGGACUAGGAAGCAUUGGCUUAGAAGUUGCAAAAAGACUUGAAGCUUUUGGCUGCAUUAUCUUAUACAACUCAAGGAGGAAGAAGGCAAACAUAUCCUACCCUUUCUACUCAAAUGUCUGUGAACUUGCAGCCAAUAGCAAUGCCCUCAUAAUUUGCUGUGCAUUAACUGAUGAAACCCGCCACAUGAUUAACAAGGAAGUCAUGAAAGCAUUGGGAAAGGAAGGAGUCAUCAUCAACAUUGGACGUGGGGCUAUCAUUGAUGAGAAGGAACUGGUGCAGUGUUUGGUGCAAGGAGAGAUUGGGGGUGCUGGUUUGGAUGUGUUUGAGAAUGAACCUGAUGUGCCCAAGGAGCUGUUCACAUUGGACAAUGUUGUGCUAUCACCACAUGUGGCUGUUUUUACACCAGAAUCCUUUUCAGACUUGUACGAUCUUAUGGUGGGGAAUUUGGAAGCUUUCUUCUCAAAUAAACCCUUACUUUCUCCGGUCUCGGAUGAAUAAUCAGAUUAGCUCCAUAUUUUCAGGUUAGUUUCUUCAUCAUGUUAAAGCAUUUUCACUUAAGACUCUGUAUCAAACAGAUUUUUGGGUUGGACAUGUAUGUUCCAAUUAGCUGUCUCAUGAAUAAAUGCUCUGAUAAUUUUGCUUAUGUAUGAAUUA